AGAUGCGACAGUGUGUUUGUGUGUGUGUAUGUGCAGCGAAGAAGGCUCUUAGGAAUCAGCCCCGCGUCGCAUCGCUCCCCAAUUCAUGCCGCUACAAUUUCCAUAUUGACGAUCUGGCUCCGUGUCCAUGACGUGAUACCAGGGUCGAGACUCGGGUUUCGGAGAGCUACUGCACCAAAAUUCUCAUCAGUUUCCUGGAACAGGCGGCUUGAAUCGAGCGGGAGCUCGCCUCAUUUUGGCCUUGGAUCGUUGAUUGUAGCUCGAGACGCUUGCGGAGGUUAGAUUCCUGGAAACAAUUUUUCUUGAUCAAUCGUGCAACUGGUUUGGCGAUGGCAUUGUUGUCACCCGCGCUUCUUCACCUCUCGCAAAGACCCUCGCCAUGGACCGUUCGAAUUCUGUAUCAAUGAGGUGCUUGGAAGAUUUUGGAUGGUUGAUAGGGUUUCUUAGGUAACAAGAAGGAAUUGGUUGGUUGUGAGCGCUGGAGGUUUGUUGGAAGGUUAUCGCAGAUUGUGACACUGAUGUAACGUGUUUGGUGUAAGCGAGGUUGUCUGAUACUAACAAUCACAUAGUCAAUGGAGAUGAAAGCGGGGAGGAGUUUCGUGAGGAAGGGUGCUGCAGGAAGUGGUUCAUCCGGAGCAGGAGGUUACAUACAAGCCAAAGGCGUCAAACCUGGAUCUCAUGGCGUUUCGCUCGUGUCCUCAGGGCUUGAUGACCUCGAUCAGAUUAUAGGUGGUGGAAUUCCAGUCGGGAGUUUAGUUAUGAUCAUGGAGGACAAUGAAGCGCCUCAUCACAUGCUGUUGUUACGUUACUUCAUGGCUCAAGGCCUCGUGCAUUCUCAACCUUUGUUUUUUGCCAGUCCUCUCCCAUCUCCGCAAGCUUUUCUUGGGACAUUGCCAGCCAUAGCCAGUGCAAGAGAAAGCAAGAGCCGGCCGAUGGGGCCGAAGGAUAGCAGCGGACAGGAUGAGUUGCGGAUUGCAUGGCAGUAUAGGCGCUAUUUGAGUGAGCAGAAAGCCUUGGAAGAGCGCCGCUUACGGCAACAAGAACUUACUGCUUCCUCUUGGGCCUCAUCUUCCUCAUCCUUUAGUCAUUCCUCCGCAGUUGGAUCUUACGAGUUUUGCAAUGAUUUUGAUAUGCGGAAGCCUUUGGAGCGUUCUCUGUUGAUUGGAUCCAAGUGCGAAUCACUGGCUUCGGGUGCACAUCUUGGGGACCUUCUCGACCAGUGCAAGGAGUUCGCUGCAAAACUGGCCAGGCCAGCUGGAGAGGUGCAGACAGUGGGGCGUUUGGCGUUGCAAUCUCUCUGUGCUCCACAGUGUGUACAGUCUUGCACGGAUUGGGAGUUAUUAGCGUUUUUGCAUUCCCUUAAAGGAAUCGUUCGGACCAGUAAUUCAGUUGCAGUUAUCACGUUUCCUGCAUCUUUGUUGAGACCGACGAUGGCUAUUCGAUGGCAACAUUUUGCAGAUAUUCUGCUGUCUGUGGAAUCUGCCCUUGAUGAGGAUAAGGAGAUGGCUGGAAUGCUGACGGAUUAUCAGGAAAUCGUGGGCUUCCUCCGUGUGCACAAGCUGGCUUCUAUAAACACUCAAAUUCCAAGUGUCCCUGACGCUAACGUCCACACGAUGAAGGUUGUCAGAAGGAAGAAAUUAAUCUUGGAGCGGUUGCUAUUUGCCCCCGUGGAUGCAGUGUCUGGGGAUUCAGGAAGUGGUAGUGCUGCUAGCCUCUUGUGUGGUCAACCUGCCAACGCUCCCUCAAAAUACGAUUUUUGAGUUUCUCUCAAAGACUCCUUGUUCCCACUAGAGCAAACGCACAAAUUGGGAGGUUGCGAGUUGAUUUACAAUGUAACAGACACCAAGGUGCAAUUGAAAGCGGCAUCGAAAACCAGAAUCUCAGCUUCGUUAUUUAUCCACUUCAGCAAACUUAGAUUUUUUAAAUGAUCCUUGGAGUAUUAAUAGUUUCAUCUUACUAGCUGUAAAAACCAUGGUAUUGGUGAGAUUAUGCCUAUGCAUUUCAAGAUGCUGUUGGAUUUUGGAAAACAAUGUUUCAAUUUUGAGAAGAUUAUGUUGUUUUCUUUUUCGAUCAAAAUCAUUUUCUAGAGUGGUAGUGAAGUUUUGUGCUUGGACGCGUUUUAGAGAUGAUCGGUGUCACGAGGGCAGUUCACAAUACAGGGAUCCACUCCCAACUUAGGCCUGACCCUAAAUUGCUUUCAGACUAAGCUGGAGCAUUUUGGGAAGUGGUUUGAAGCGACCCGGCUCCACAUUCUGGGAAUGUGGAUGUUGUUAAUCUCUUGCAAGUUAUCGCAUUUUUUAGGGCUCCUUGAGGAGCAUCAACUAA